CGGUUUCCCAUCGUGCUUGGAGAGAGCGGCACGGAUGGCGGAGAAGGAUGACACCGGAGUUUGACGACGAAGUGGUGUUUGAGUCACCCUGGAGAGACAAGUAGAAAGAAAUGGGGAAGUGGACAAAAUUCUCUCAGAUGCACUGCAAGAAUAUAUGAGAGAGCGGUGGGAUCACAUUUUCCAGGAGACAAGGAUUGCACUGCCUAAUUCACCACUUUAUCAGUACUUACAAGACUUGGGACACACUGAUUUUGAAAUAUGCUCACCAUUGUUGCAAAAUCCAGAAGAAUGCACAUCCGAAGAGAUUCAAAAAGACAUGGAUACAAGUGCCAUUCAGAAAAAAGACGUCCUGUCAAGCCUAGCUGAGAGUUUUACAAGCUGGCUUGCUUUUCUACCAUAUAAGAAAAAAGAUGAUAUGCUCCACCAGUUGGAUGUUGGCUUUCGCUCAGAGGCUCUCUGCACCAUCCUGCAACAGGAAGUUCUGCUGCAAGAGGAUGUUGAACUGAUUGAGCUUCUUGACCCCAGUAUCCUGUCUGCGGGGCAGCCCAAGCAACAGGAACAUGGACACCUUCCAACGCUACGCUCCCUAGCAACUCCUAAUAUUUGGGAUAUUUCAUUACUGCUUGUCUUCAUCAGCAUGCUGAUUAUGCUUCCUUCUUUAUGGAAUGGAUUCCUUGGAUUGGUGUGGGGAGCAGGACUGUUGUUAUACGUAAGCUUGAGAGGUUUGGACAUGUUGAGGACAGCCAAGUUGCAAAUGUCCCUAAGAAAAUGUCAUCUCCAACUCGAAGAAAUGGUGGCUAAUUGCCGAGCCUUCACUAACCUUGUGAGGAAAGCUCUACGGCUCAUUCAAGAAACUGAAGUCAUUUCCAGAGGAUUUACUCUUUUGCUUGACAGGGUCAGUGCUGCUUGCCCAUUUAAUAAAGCUGGACAGCAUCCUUGUCAGCAUCUCAUUGGUCUUCGGAAAGCUGUGUACCGAUCAGUGAGAGCCAACUUCAGAACUUCAAGACUUGCUACUUUGUAUAUGCUGAAACAUUACCCUUUGAAUUCUGAGAGCGACAAUGUAACAAACUACAUCUGUGUGGUGCCUUUUAAGGAACUAGGUCUAGGACUAAGUGAAGAGCAGGUGUCGGAAGAAGCAGCACACAAUUUCACAGAUGGCUUCAGCCUGCCUGCUCUAAAGGUUUUAUUUCAACUUUGGGUUGGGCAAAGUUCUGAAUUCUUCAGGCGGCUAAUUCUUCUGCUGUCUCCCUCCAAUGCAUCUCUCAAGAACCUGAUUACGCCAGAACGUUUGCCUCUUUAUAUCUUUUCUGAUGUGACUCAAGGCCUGCCUCACGCUCAUGCUGCCUGCUUAGAAGAACUUAAACGAAGCUAUGAGUUUUAUCGGUACUUUGAAACACAUCAUCAAUCUAGUUUAGAACGUUCAGUCAAAACUGAACAGAAAACAGGACAGCUAAACCGUCUUCAUACAGCAGUGCGCAGUUUGCAACUCCAUCUAAAGGCCUUAUUGAAUGAAGUAAUAAUUCUUGAGGAUGAACUUGAGAAGUUUAUUUGUUCCAAGGAAAGUCAAGAACUAACUUCAGAAGCCUACCAAGUUGUAGAAAAAAAACUGGAAUUGAUUCAGCCUCAUAUGCAAGCUAGCAACAGCUGCUGGGAAGAGGCGAUUUCUCAGAUGGAAAAAAUGGUUAAAAGAAAACCAGAUAAAAAGGGUAAAUCAGAACCAUCAUGUGAGAACAAGCAUUGUACCACGAUACCUUUACUACAGCCAGCUGUGCACAUAGAGGAUAAAGACCCAAUCCCUGAAGAACAGGAACUUGAAGCAUAUGUUGAUGAUACAGAUAUAAACAACGAGUAUAAGAGAGAUGACUUUUAUUACUUUUCCCUGGAAGACAGAGAGAGACAAAAACGUGAAAGAGAGGAAUCCAAGAGAGUGCUGCAAGAACUAAAAUCUGUGUUGGGAUUUAAAGCUUCAGAGGCAGAGAGGCAAAAGUGGAAGCAACUGCUAUUUAGUGAUCAAGCUGCAGUGAAGCCCUUGCCUACUGCAGAGCCAGAGGAACCCAUAAACAUUUUGGGAUUGCCUAAGAAUUCAGACUCAAGCAUACAGGAUUGUAGCAGAAAUGAUAACUUGGAAGAGACGACAUCUGACCCAAAAACUGAUGAUGAAAAAGGGAGGACGGAGUACUUAUCUGAUGGACCUGGUGUAAGUAAAAAUGACAUUGCUGCUGAUGGUGACUCAGCAGAAGUAGAAAAAAGAACAUGUUACCAGUGCAACGGAGAAGGCGAAGAAUCUGAGUUUGCUGGUGUAGAUAAAAUGAAUGUGUUGCAGCCACCUGAGAGAGAUGUGUUACAGUCCUCCAUCAAACAAAGGCUGGCUGAGCUCCAUAUAUCAACAGAUUUCCAUUUCACGUCAGGUCUGGCAGCACAGGUUGCUGCCAGGUCACUCACAUUUACAACCAUGCAAGAGCAAACAUUUGGAGAUGAGGAGGAACAGGAGGAGAAGAAUGAAGACUUUUUUGAAAAACACAAAGAAUUAAAUGACUGUGACAAUGAAAGAUUAUAGAUCAUCUAAAUUUUGCCUUGCUUGUUUGAACAGCUCAGAAGGCUAGAGAGGAUAACAAAAUUUUGGACAGCAAAGAUGAGAUUUUAAAAUUACGUUAUCAGUUGGGUGUUACUAGUCUUUUGAUAUAUACACACGUGCAAGUAUAAACCAGGCUCAAGGUAUAUAGUAUGGUUCUUUACAGGUACCACAGAUUACUGUGACAUUUGUUUUAAUAUUUUAUUUUUAUUUAUUGAUAUUAUAAGGCUUUUUUCCUAACAGGAAAAUAAAAAUGUCUAAUUUGUCAUUUCCUAAUGCUGAUUAUAAUAGCAACAUUAAUUGUAAAACUACUUGAAAUGGUUCUUUAACAAGAACAUAAACAGCACCAUUUGGUUCUCCCUAUGAGCUUUGUUUACUUUGUUAUUUCUGCUUUUUAUCACUUAAAAACUGGAUUUUUGUUGAUCCAUUGGUUCAUUAGCUCACAGCCUAAGAUAUUGACUAUUUAAUUUAAAAUGGAAGCCAUAGCUGCUAUAUUCCGGAAUGUUAAUCUAAACUAAUGCAAAAUUGCUAGCAGAGAGUUACAAGGCAAAAAAAAAAGUUAACUUCUGGACCGCAGUGAAUAAUUUGAAUAUUUAAUGUAUUUCUAGUAAUUUUUCCAUCAUCCAACUACAACACCACACGCACACACACUUCCAGAUAGGAGAAAUUAAACAGCUUCUGAACAAAUAUUCCUUCCAGUGUUCCUUGUGUAGAUGAAAACAAUUUUACUUCUGCAGUAGGUUAAUUGGUGCUUGGUGACAUUUGAUUUCAGUUCCUAUUUUAGUUUUACAUUGGGUUGUACACUCUGAAAACACUUUUAUCAAAGGUAACUCAGAUCCUUGUUCUCUUGUUU